AUGGUACCUGCACCUCGUGGUGUGCGAGAUGUGCCUGCAGAGGAGUUCAUCAAGGCAUAUGCAGACCAUCUGAAGACAAAUGACAAGAUCCAGCUGCCUGCCUGGGUGGACAUCGUGAAGACUGCUCCCUUCAAGGAGCUGGCGCCUUAUGACCCAGACUGGUACUACAUCAGGGCAGCAUCGCUGGCGAGGAAGGUGUACAUGAAGCAGAACAUUGGAGUGGGCGCGUUCAGCAGGCAAUACGGCGGCCGCAACAAGAGGAAAGGAACUGUGCCCGAGCACUUUGCCCGUGCCAGCAGAGGCCUCAUCCGCCACAUCCUCAAGCAGCUUGGGGACAUCGAUGUGGUGACGACCAGCGCCGCGACCAAGGGCCGCACCAUCACCCCCAACGGACAGAGGGAUCUGGACCUCAUCGCCGGCCGAAUCGAGGCCACAGUUGAGGAGGAGGAGGAGGCCGAGGAGGAGGAGGAGGCCUGAACAGGCCAUGCCCCACCUCAGCCUCACUCCUGCAGCAGCCUGUGAGAUUUUCUUCCGGCAGCAGUCUUCCAGAGGCGCUGAUACAAGCCAUGCAGAUGCAAUAAUGCCACAGAGGAGCCCCAGUGCAUGCCUUGGGUCUAGCUUGAGAAAGGCUAUGCGAGCGGAUGCUUUGGGCAUGCUUGGGAUCGUGUAAUAAAGUAGUCACACACAAAGUAGGCUCGGUGCCUUGGUCUGAUGAUUGCUGAUCAACAGUGUAGCGACUCUUUACAGCAUGCAAGUCUGCUGGGGGUGGCUCCUGUUUGGCACGCUUUGGCAGCACUGUAAUCCAGCUGGAAAGAAAGA